AUGUCUCCGCUUGAUCUUCUUGUUCUUUUCCUUUCUGUUCAUACGCUCGCUUCUCCUGUCGUCAAACGCGAUGCUCCGGACUUUGCAUUCGACGGCGACGCUCCCUUCACCGUCUCUGCCAGCGAUCUGGCAGCAUCGCUGACAUGCCCCAACGGCAACCCAACUCAAGACUCCCCACCUGUCUUGCUAGUCCACGGUACAGCAACCACAGGCGAAGAAUCAUGGGGGGAUGGCUACAUCCCAGCUCUCCUGGCAAACGGCUAUACAGGCUGCUACAUCACCAUCCCCAACCGCUCCAUGGGCGACAUGCAACUCAACGCCGAAUACGUCGCCUACAACCUCCACUACCUCUCCCACCUCUCCGGAAACCUCCCAACCGCCGUCAUAACCCACAGCCAAGGCGGCCCCAACACGCAAUGGGCCCUGCAAUUCUGGCCCAGCACCCGCAACAUCACCCGGGCCUUCGUCGCGCUCUCGCCCGACUUCGCCGGUAUCGAUCUGCUGGGUAGUCCCAGCUUGCUGAACGAUAUCUGCGAGGGCGGGUUGUGUCAGGCGAGCAUGUGGCAGCAGAGUGCGGGGAGUCGUUAUUAUGAUGCGUUGCAUGGGCAUGGGUUUAUGGAACUUGUGCCGACGACUACGGUUUGGACGCAGUUCGACGGCGUCGUCGUCCCGGCCCAGAACAACGCACAACUCCCCGGAGCCACCGUCCUCUCCGUGCAAAGUCUCUGUCCUCUCCGACCGACGAAUCACGUUACAAUGACCAUCUCCUCAGCUGCAUACUCCCUCGCCCUCGACGCUUUGAACAAUAACGGUGUUGCGAGUCUCUCGCGCGUCAAGAAGAACGCGCUGAGCAUCUGUCUUCGAAUCACUGCUAAGGGCAUGAAUGUCUCUGUGGCGAAGGAUUUGCAGUCUCUGCUGGAGAAUUUGGUGAAAGGAUUCUUGCUUGGUACGGCGAAGCUCAAGGCCGAGCCUGCAAUUGCUGCCUAUGCGCAAUAG